CUGACAUUUAGUAUACAUGUCAGUUUGCCUAAACAACAAUGUUGAACUCCUUCAGAGCCAAAAGUAGUUGUGAGACCGAGGCGAAAUUCAUGCAAGAUCGCAUCGUAUCAGUGGAGAGGACCGUGUCCGAUUUGUGCAACAUUUUCGCCGGCUAUUCCCGCAAAGCGGCCCGUCUGCGCGACAAAAACGACGAAAUAUCAAAAGCGGCGGCCACGUUUGCCGAAAACGAGCAAAUAAACAAAUCGCUGGCGGUUGGUUUGGAGAAUUUCUCGGAGUCCAUUUCGACCGUGGCCGAUUACGGCGACGCGAGGGUGCAAUUGAUCGAUGCUAAGGUCGUCAAUGAGUUUUCGAGGUACGACGGCAUAUGCAAACACGUCAAGGAUGAAGUCAAGGAUAUCUACGUCGCCAGGGACAAAGAGAUCAACAAGAAGAGGCAACUGGAGAGGAUCAAGGAGAGGAAUCCCAGGAACAGGCAAACAAUUAUACAGGCUGAAACUGAAUUGGUCAAAGCUACGGCUGAAGUAACGAGGAGCGUUCACAAUUUGGAAGAAAAAGUAACUUCUUUUGAGCGACAAAAAAUCCACGACAUUAAAUCCACCUUCUUGGACUUCAUAAGCAUCGAAAUGGGUUAUCAUGCUAAAGCUUUAGAAGUUUUAACUAAAGCUUACAAAGAUAUCAAUUCAAUUGACCAGGAAUCAGACUUAGAAGAAUUCAAGAAGACCUUACGCACGCCAGGAAACGCUCAAGUGUCGAGCAAACCGUCGCUAUUUAAGUCCGGAAACACGUUCGGCUCAUUAAGUACUUUAUUUACGGCCACUCAAGCCAAGAGUGCAAACAACACAAAGAAAAUGUCCAAAAGCGAGGAAACUUUGGACUCCAUGAAGCACAGCAUGACAGAAAGUGAUGAAAGUGUCGCAGACCUCAGCGAAAAUUUGACUGAUACUUAUAAAAAAAGUUCACCUGUUGUUGUUAGACGACAUUUAAAUUAAUCAUCUAAUAAAAUUAAUAAAACGCUU